AAUAAUAAUAAAAAAAAAUAAAAAACAGAAACAUUUCCAUAUUGUCACUGACUAGCUGUGCAUCCAUCUACACACAUUCCCUACAUAUGUUGAAAUAGAUUUGUCAAUUGUAAUGGACGCAGAUAAUUGGAUUACUGACAUGCCAAAAGAAAGGCCCAAAUGUUAAAGAAGCAACAAGAAGCUUUGCUAGUUAACAUUAUAACGUUGGUCUGUACAAGGCAACACGCUUGUAGUGAAUUAAAUAUCAAAUUUUUAGAAAAAUGGAUAAAAGUUACUUAUAUGAAAUUGGCGAUAUUUCAGAAGACCACGCAGCCCAGCAACAUCCUAUGAGAAAGACAUUUUCCGAGGAAGAAGAUGAGGAAAUAUGGGAAGUACCAGAAGAAAGUUUUGAAAAUGCCUACCAACAGGUGGUAAAUGACGACGAUGAUGACGAAGUAGAAGAAAUUGCUCAUAACCAACAAUGGACAACAGGAAAAUCCAAUGAAAUUAAUAAAAACGAAUCCAGUAAAGCGGAAUUGCUCCAUUUAAGCUUGAAUAGUGAACAAAUUGCUUUAAAAGUGCCUCAGCAACAAUCAUUUAAUUCACAGAUUACGACAUUCGAAAAAUCAAUCAAUAAAUCGAUGAAUGCGGAUACGGAUGUAACAAGGCCAAUGACCGUUAAUACAAAUAUCACAAAUGUCACUGCUAUGGGCAAUACCAACACAACAACAUCGUCUGGAGGUGGUAAUGUAAAAUGGAAAAAUAUUAAAAUUAACGAAUCAAAUCAUAAAAGCGAACAGCAAAAGAAAUCUCUAUCGUUGGGUAUUAUCAGGCCAAUGAAUAAUAUUGAAACUAUUUCCAAAUCGAGUCCGUCCAAUGGUGGCAAGUCAUUAACAAUUUCUAAUAAAUCGCAUGAGGCAACACGUAAAUACUCCCUGGGUUCGGCACCCUAUUGUCCAUCGCCAGAAUUUGUCCUUGAGAACAUUUUGAAGCCAUCCACUUCUAUAUUUCACCAACAAAGCAACAAUGAUGGUAGGAAAUUUAUUGAAGAAUCUGACAGAGUGACACCUAAGGAUAACAAUCCAUUUAAAAUGAAUUCACCUUCUCCAAAAUUAGUGGAAUAUAAGCGAGUUCAAUCCGAUAUAACAUCUGUUGCCCACAAAUGUCAAAUCCAUGAACAACCCUAUCACCACCAUCAGCAUCACCAACAUCAGUGGCAUUCCAAGCCAUCUAUUGUAGUAACUCGAACGUCUUCUUCCUCAUUGUCUGGAUAUCAUAAUCCUCCAAAGUAUAGUGCAUCCACAGAAACUUUUGAAACGGCAUCGAUUAUAUCAAGAAAUUCAACACAUAUCCCUCUUGAAAUGACAUCAACCACACCGUCAACGCAAAUACCUCCAAUAUUAUUGUGUUCCUUGUGCAAGGAAAUUUUCAAGGAUCCGCGCUGUUUAAACUGCUUGCAUACAUUUUGUCUUGAGUGUAUUGUGGAAGAAAGUUUCAAACAGGACGAAGAGGAAUGCAGUAAUCCAUUUAUUUCCAAUAUACCAACGCUGCAGCAGCAUCAGCAAUCGAGCAGUGUCUCAAAGAAUGGUGAAAGAAAUGUAAAAGCUACAUGUUCCCCCUCACCUUCGCGAAAAUAUUCAACACCAUUAACAUCCCUAGAAUUGAAGUUGGAAAAUAAAAACGCUGAAAUGACAGGAUCCUCAACAGUAUCAUUGCAAAAACGACCUUCGUUUAGUUUUAAACUACGCAGAUCGUCAGAACAGUCUCCAGCAAGGAUCAAAGUCGAUAGCAAUCGCAUAUCUCCCGACUUUACGGCAAUGAUGAAUCAAUUUCAAACUCUUGGAAACAUAAAAUGUUCUCGCAUCAAAUGCAAGCUGUGUCAAUUUGCAACGGAUAUCCCGGUGGGUGGUUUGCGCCAAUUACCCCGAAAUCUGCUUAUGGUGCGAAAAAUCGAGCAGUAUCGAAAUAAAAUUGCCAGUGAAAAUUAUACGUUGUGCAGUUUGUGCUACGAAGAAACUAGGGCCAAUUACUUUUGUGAAACCUGCAAUUUGAAUUUAUGCAUUCUCUGCAAGGAUUCUCACGAGCGCCAAAAGCCAACCGCCAAUCAUGCCUUAAAAACGCUAACCAUUGAUUUGAAAUCGAAUGCGGAAGCACAUUCUAAAACCACUCCAAACGACAAUCAUCUAACCCUCACUUGUUGUCUUCAUCCUGGUUUCGAGUUAAAAUCAUUUUGUCAUACUUGCCUACAGGUGGCCUGCUCGGAUUGUUUGAUCUUGCAACACAAGGGCCACCGCAUCGAUUCCACAGAGAAAGCAGCAAAAGUGUAUUCCAGCAUUUUACACGAUUCGGCCGAACAAACGCGUUUGAUUUGUAAAAGUGCCGAACAUUCUUUGGAAAAGCUGAAUGCUUCUAUGCUAAGCAUCAAUCGAAAAUGUGAUGAGCUUCAAACGGAAAUCGAAGAUUUUAUGCAACGUUAUAAGGAUGCGGUCGAACUGCAUCGCCUCAAUUUAAUGCAACAGAUACGGCGAACGCGGGAAACGAAGUUGGAAUUGAUUGGAGAGCAGCAAACGGAAUUAGAAAAACGUACCCAAGAGGGACAAAUUGCCAUAGGGUUUAGUCAGGAGUUAACCGAUGUGUCAACGGAUGUUGAAAUCUUGUCAUUCAUCAAAAUUCUACUGAAACGCUUUGAAUAUUGCCAGCAAUUCAAGGCAUCAGUUGAUCCAAAGAUAAUCAAUAUACCAAAUUUCUUACCAAAAAUACAAGCCCCAAUGGUCAAGGAUUCCAACGACAUACCCGUAUUUGGUAUACUUUCCAUGCAAACUGUGGAACCUUCAUUGUGCACCCUACAAUGGGAUGGAUUCUCCCAACUGCGCAUCAACAAGAAAGUAGAACUUACACUAAUAUCCCGGGAUGCUGAGGGCCAGCCAAUGACUCACGGUGGCCUGAAAAUUCAAACUCAUGUUAAAUACAAGGAUCUCAAUUCCAAGUGCUUGAGAAUGGAAGUCACUGACAAUUGUGAUGGCACCUAUGGCAUAGCAUUUACCCCAGAUGCAGAGGGCACCAUCAUACUUAUGAUUACCAUCAAGGAAAAGCAUAUUAAGAUUAAUUUUCAGGGCAGCCCCUUUAGCUUCUUGGCCCGGCCGGUUCGUCCCCACACUGGCAUCUAUCAUUGCUGUACAUUUUGUUCGAGUAAAGGCAAUAAAUUUGCCACCUGUUCUUGCCAGGGCAGCAUGCCAGGUUAUAGCGGCUGUGGCCAUGGUCAUACCGGCCAUCCAGGACGACGUCAUUGGUCAUGCUGCGGGGAGGUUUCGCGGAAUUCCGAAUGUCAUUUUGCCAAUAGAUCCUUAAAUCCCAAGUAGUCGAAUUUGAUGAUGAUGCCGUAGCUGUGUAGAGGGUGUGUAGAAUCUAAACUUGAAUAUAAUGUUGAUGUUAGUUUGAGUUUAUUGUUUAAUGGAAUUAUUUAAAUAAACUAAUUGAAUAUAAUAACAUAUUUGAAAAAAUA